CGGAUUUCACUUCCCCUGGGCAAAAGGGAUUUUUGUUUUCGUUUUGAUAAGCUGAAGGCCUCUCUCUCUCUCUCUCUCUCUCUCUCUAGUAUGUCAUGGAUUCUAACAACGCCCAUGCCGUGGCCAUGGCUGCGUUAGCCUCUCAAACCCUAGUCCCUCCCGGUCUCGACGGCAAACCAAUGGUCCAUCACCGCCAGAACCCAGUCGUAAUACCUCCAUCCCAACCGCCCAUUGCUCAUGCCCCACCCGUCCCCGAGGCCGUCAUGUCCCCAAUGGGCAUCCAGCAUCAACCUUAUGAUCCCCACUACCUCCACCAACAGCAGAAUUACGGAUACAAAGACAUGCACAUCAACACCCUCUUCGUCUCCGGCCUCCCGGACGACGUCAAACCUCGGGAAAUUCAUAAUCUCUUUCGCCGGCGUCAUGGCUUCGAUUUCUGCCAGCUCAAGUACACAGGCCGCGGCAAUCAGGUUGUUGCAUUUGCUACCUUUGUCAAUCAUCAAUCAGCAAUGACAGCAUUGCAUGCAUUAAAUGGUGUAACAUUUGAUCCUCAGAGUGGAGCUACUCUGCAUAUUGAGUUGGCAAGAUCAAAUUCACGGAGAAAACAUCCUCCAGGAAGUGGAGCCUAUGUCAUUAUUGAUAAGAGACUUAAAACAGAAUCUGAUGCCCAAGAAACCUGGAGUAAUGAUGGAGAUGGUGGAUCUGAUGAACCAUCCGGCACCGAUAAACCUAAUUCCAGCAACAAGGGUGAUUUAGCUACUGCAGAGAGUGGUGAGAGCAAGGUUGAUCCUGAUAAUAAUGCUGGAGCUGCAGUAAAUGAGCUAACAGAAAAACUUCCAGCAGGGGAAGUACAACCAUGUUCUACUUUGUUCAUUGCAAAUCUGGGUCCAAAUUGCACUGAAGAAGAGCUGAAGCAAGCAUUGUCUCAAUUUACUGGAUUCUAUGUACUUAAGAUGAGAGCCAAGGGUGGCAUGCCAGUUGCUUUUGCUGAUUUUGAGGAUGUUGAGCGUGCAACUGAAGCCAUGCAGAGUCUUCAGGGAAGCAUGCUACCUUCGUCCGACCGUGGCGGUUUGCACUUAGAAUAUGCGAAAUCUAAGAUGAGGAAACCUUGAUAGAAGGAACCGCUUCUCCAGUCCCAGACACUUGUCAAGCAGAAUGUGACGGAUUUUGACCCAAGUCAAGAUUCCUGAGCUCGGCUAGCAUUGUAUUUGCCUGUUGUGAAGGGCCUUAUAAUGUAUCCCCAACAUAGUAAGGGCUAUAGAGAGAACUAUUUAUUCAUUGAUGUAUUAUGCAACUUGGGUUUACUCAUUAAUGUAUUGUACAACUUGGGUGCAAGACAUUUCUUUUUAUUUUGUUUCUAACUUUUUGAACCCCAUGGCCUUGUUAAGACACUGAACCAGAUGGUGGUUAUGGUGCGUGCUUGUGAAAUGUUUUAGACAAUCUCUUGGACCCA